AAUAUGAGUCAAUGAGCUAAUUGUGUUGUGAGCUAAUUGGGUUUUUGGGUUUUACUAGCCUUUUCACCGAAUAUUCAAAUUUUAAAAACUCAAAGAUCCCAACUUUCCUCAGAAACAAACAGGAAUGGCAGCAGUUUCAUCGUCUCUCAGCUUACCAUCAAGAACCCCUGAACCCUCUGUUCGGAAAAUGUCAAUCCUGAAUAAGUUCCACAGUGUCGCUUCCAGAACCCACUGCAAUUUCAACGCCAUUUUCAAACCAUCCACUCUAACCCUCUUCAUCUCCACCCAAAGACCCCAUGCACAUAUCAAAUCUCCACCUCGCAACACAAUCCGAUGCCUGUUCACUGGAAUUGUCGAGGAAAUGGGUCAAAUCAAGCAACUGGGUACCGCUGAAAACGGCGGUUUCGACAUGAAAAUCGGCGCCAAAACCGUCCUCGAGGGCGUCCACCUCGGCGAUAGCAUUGCCGUCAACGGGACGUGCCUCACGGUGACUGAAUUCGACACCCAAUUGUCCGAUUUCACCGUCGGUUUGUCGCCCGAGACGCUUAGGAAGACGUCUCUGAUCGAGCUCGAACCAGGCUCACUUGUGAAUCUGGAGCGGGCGGUCCAGCCCACGAGCCGAAUGGGUGGGCACUUUGUGCAGGGUCAUGUGGAUGGCACAGGGGAGAUAGUGUCAAUGGAUCCUGAGGGGGAUUCUCUAUGGAUCAAGGUGAAGGCAUCAAAGGAGCUGUUGAAGUAUGUGGUGCCGAAAGGGUUUAUAGCAGUGGAUGGGACUAGUUUGACUGUGGUGGAUGUGUUUGAUAAAGAAGACAGCUUUAAUUUCAUGUUGGUGGCUUAUACUCAGCAGAACGUGGUGAUUCCGUUGAAGAAGGUUGGGCAAAAGGUGAAUUUGGAAGUUGAUAUACUCGGCAAGUAUGUGGAGAGGCUUCUCAGCAGUGGAUUUGUUGAGUCAAUCAAAUCUUCAUGACCCUUAAGGUCAUCACUGGUGCAGUUUUGUACACAACCACACUUGUUGUUUGGAUAGUAACUGUCAUGACCGGCGACUCUAAGAGAGCUGUUUAGUUUUUUGUUGUAUGAUAGUUAGAGCUUAAUUGUAUUGGCGUUCUGUACACCUUCUCCUUAAGGACUUAAUGGUUUUGGUUUUAAUAAAAGGUUCACAUUCAGUAAAAGUUCAGCGUUUGAUUCAUGUAAAAAUGUGUGGUUUCUGAAGAUAAAAAAGAAAUAAAUUUGGCAUUUGGUUGUAA